UAUUCUUCAUUUUUAAUUUUUAAUCGCCUUUCUUUGAUUUUCAUAUUGCCAAAUGCAAAGGAAGAAAAAGACAGCUCUUUGUUUAACUUAUCACUAAGAAAGGCAAAACUGGCCCCUCCACGACCCACUCUUACCAGCUACCAUUUGUGUGAUUUAUGACUAAUAAUUUAUUUGCUUGACCAAGACAUUCACCGCCUCCUUCUUUACACGGUAUCUUGGCCAUGUACGAAGUAGGAACUCAAGAGGUAGCCUUAAAUUCCACUCAGACUCAGAGACACCAGCAAUUAAAAAAUGAUUUACUAUUUUCUGUGAUCAUGGCUCGAUUUAGGGAACAAGAAGCCUCCUCUUCCAGUUCUUCUCCCUAUCGAUGUUGUUAUCAUGUGUUCUUGAGUUUCAGAGGUGAAGACACUCGAAGGGCUUUUACCGACCAUCUCAACACAGCUUUUGUGGAGAAAGGCUUUCCCACGUUCCGGGAUGAAGAAGAACUUGAGAGAGGAGAAGAUAUUAAGCCAGAAUUUGUGAAUGCCAUCCAACAGUCACGAAGUUCUGUCAUUGUAUUUUCAAAAGACUACCCGUCUUCCAGAUGGUGCCUUGACGAGCUUGUCUUGAUCCUCAAACAGAAGAGGAUAUCAGACCAUGUAGUCUUACCAGUCUUCUACGACAUUGAUCCUUCCCACGUGAGGCACCAAACAGGAAGGGUUGGAGAAGCAUUUGCUAGGCAUGAAGAAAAUCAGCAAUCACCGAACAAGGUCAAACAAUGGAGGGCAGCACUAAGAGAAGUUGCAGAUUUAGCAGGGAUGGUCUUACAAAACCAAGCUAGGUUGCUAAGGGAUCAUGAACUCUCUACUUGCAAAGUUUACAACGUUGAAACUCUGAAAGCCAAUGAAUCACUGGAACUCUUCAGUUGGCAUGCUUUUGGACAAGCCCAUCCAUGUGAAGAUUACGUGAAACUUUCAGAGUUGAUAGCAGACCGAUGCAAAGGACUUCCAUUAGCUCUUCAAGUUUUAGGAUCUUCUCUAUUUGGACGAACUAUAGAUGUAUGGAAAAGUGCACUAGAGAAAUUAAAAGCUAUUCCAAAUAAUGAAAUCCCCCAAAGACUCAGAAUAAGCUACGAUGCUUUACAGGAUAACCCCCAUGACCAAAAUUUAUUCCUUCACAUUGCAUGCUUCUUUGUCGGAAAGAGAAAAGAUUAUAUUGUUAGAGUACUAGAUGGAUGUGAUUUCUUCACAAUUGUUGGCAUUGAAAAUCUUCUGGAUAGAUGCUUGGUAACAGUUGAUGAAAAUCAGAAGGUGAAUAUGCAUCAAAUGAUCUGUGACAUGGGAAGAGAAAUUGUUCGUCUAGAAUCAAAGGAGCCUGAGAAGCGUAGUAGAUUAUGGAAUGAUACGGAUUCCUUCAAUUUCAAUGUAUUGAGAGAAAAGAGUGGUACAGAAACCAUUGAAGGCCUUGCCUUGGAUAUGCAUAUGCACUCGGUAAACACUCCUUGGAGAGAUUCAGAUAUGAUAGUCUUUAAAACUACUGCAUUUGCAAGGAUGUCCAAACUAAGACUACUCCAUCUUAGUCAUGUACAAUUUAAGGGAUGCUAUGAAGAAUUUCCGAAAGGAUUAAGAUGGUUGUGUUGGCUUGAAUUUCCUUUGAAAUCUCUACCCAGUGAUCUUCCUUUAGAGCGCUUGGUUUAUCUAGAAAUGCCUCAUAGUAAUAUGAGACAGGUGUUUAAGGGAAUAAAGUACCUUCCCGCUUUGAAGAACGUUGAUCUAGGUCAUUCCCAUUGCCUUACUGAAAUCUCUAACUUCUCGCUGGUCCCCAAUUUAGAAAGUCUUGUUCUUGAAGAUUGUUCGAGCUUGGUUGAUGUCCAUGAGUCCAUCGGAAACCUAAAGAGACUCGUUUGCUUGAAUUUGAAAGGUUGCGAAAAGAUUAGGAAGCUUUCAAAGAAUCUUUUUAAUCUCCAAUCACUUGAUACACUUACUCUAUCUGGCUGCUCAAAUCUCAAUGAGUUUUGGACAGAAUUGGGGAAGAUGAAGUCUCUAAAAGUGCUAGAUGUAGCCGAAAUUCCAAUAAGUCAAGUGUUAAUGAAUACCACUGGAGAGGUCAAACCACGCAUAGGGAGAAAUCCAGAAAGUUUGUGGUCUUUCUUACCACGUUGUUUAGCACAUUUAAACAUCAGGAGUUGCAGUCUUUCUGAUGAGGCUUUUCCCAAGGAUUUUGGUAACCUACACUCUUUAGAAUUUUUAGACCUAAGCAAAAAUCCAAUUCGUGGCCUACCACAUUGCGUCCGAGGUCUUAGGGGGCUUGUUCGACUCAUUAUUACCCAGUGCUAUAGUCUCCAAACACUUGAAGGGCUACCGAGAGUAACAAAUUUCGCUGUGCUUGAUUGCGGUUUGUUGAAAAGAAUAACAUUUCAAUCAAGUUUGUGCAUACCUAUAGAAUUGCUUAGCGUGCAUAACGUCAAGCUAGUUGAGAUUGAAUACUUGUACAAGUUUGUACCCAUUGCAAGAUGUGAUGCAGAAACCAUCAAACUUUUGGGUUUGUGCAACUUGAAAUUCAAGGGAAUUACCAUUUGAAUGUUAUUCCCAAGCAGGAAUAGCGUAUUUGGUGAGGUCUAUAAGUAUCACAUCCAGGUACUAUAUGAAUAUGGUAUAAUCAGCACGUUUCUUCCUGGGAAUGUGGUGCCAGGACAAUUCAGCCAUAAAAAUAGAGGCUCUUGUUCA